CUUGAAAUGGCGGUCCUACUUGGUUUGCUGGUUGGUGCUCUUACCCUCGCUGUUUGGUGGGUACUUCAAAACUACACCUACUGGAAGCGUCGCGGUAUUCCACAUGAUCCGCCCAAUAUUCCACUCGGCAACAGCCGAGAAUUUUGGCGGACAAUGCAGCUGGCCGAAAUUAUCAAGCGAAGCUACCUGAAAUUCAAGAACCAGACCGACGGACCCUUUGUGGGCUUCUACCUUUAUGCGAGGAAAUAUAUCGUUGUCACCGACAUUGAUUUUGUGAAAACCGUGCUGGUCAGCGACUUUGACAAGUUCCACGAUCGCGGAGUGUAUCACAACGAGCGGGAUGAUCCAUUGACCAGUAACCUAACUACUAUGGAGGGUCAGAAGUGGAGAAAUCUCCGCCAGAAGCUUACUCCGGCUUUUACGCCUGCGAAAGUGAAGACCAUGUUUCCAGCAGUUUUAAAUGUGGCCCAUGAACUGAUUCGGGUGAUCGAUGAAAAGAUCUCAAGUUCCCCGCAGACCCUGGAAGUCAGCGAUCUGAUGGCCCGCUUCACCGCCGACGUGAUCGGAACCUGCGCCUUUGGCCUGGAAUGCAAUAGUUUGCGCGAUCCCAAGGCGGAGUUUGUCCAAAUGGGUAAUGCGGCGCUCAGGGAACGACGUCAUGGCUGGCUGGUGGACCUGCUAAUCUUCGGAGCACCCAAGAUAGCCGUCAUGUUGGGAAUCGAGCUGCUGCUUCCGUCGGUGCAGAAAUUCUACAUGAAUAUUGUUAGGAACACUAUAGACUAUAGAGUAGAGAACAAGAUAACUCGGAACGAUUUCUUGGACUUGCUGAUCGAUAUGAAGUUAAAAUACGAUAAGGGCGAUAAGCAAAACGGGCUUAGCUUUAAUGAGAUUGCUGCCCAGGUUUACUCGUUCUUUCUGGCUGGCUUUGAAACGAGCUCCACAACCAUGGGAUUUGCCCUCUAUGAACUCUCCUGCAAUCAAGAUGUUCAGGAUAAACUGAGGAUGGAAGUCGAUACUGUGCUGAAGAAGCAUGAUGGACAAUUAGACUACAACAGCAUGCGAGAGAUGUCUUAUAUGGAAAAGGUCAUAGAUGAAACGCUUAGAAAAUACCCUGUUCUGGGCUUUUUGGUACGCAUUGCAACUAAACCCUAUGUGCACAGCAGCCCAAAAUAUUUCAUUGAACCUGGCACUGGAGUUAUGGUCUCCAAUUUGGGCAUCCACCAUGAUCCCGACUUCUAUCCGGAGCCGGAAAAGUUCAUCCCAGAGCGCUUCGAUGAGGAGCAGGUUAAGAAGCGACCGCCUUGCACUUUCCUGCCUUUCGGCGAUGGUCCCCGGAAUUGUAUAGGUCUUCGAUUCGGACGGAUGCAGGUCUUCGUCGGAUUGGCCCUGCUCAUCCACAAUUUUAAGUUUGAAUUGCACCCCACAAAGACAUCUGUUCUAGUCAAUUUCAAAGUUAAGAAUAUUUUAUUGAGUUCCGAAGACGGGUUUAACCUUAAUGUCAGCAAGGUAGUGAAAGUCUAAAAAAAUGUUGUAAAUGUUUUUCUAUUUUCUUUAAGAAUGUUGUUUUUAAAAAUGUGUUUAAAAUAUUGUGCAUACAACAUUUUAUGCCAACAAAUUGAGUUUCAAGGGCUGAGUUAAUAAUGUUUUUUAA